AACGCGUCGCGCUGCGUCACUGCUCUCCAAAGCUCGGCACGGACGAUGUGGUUCACCGGCGUGGCCAUCGCUUCAGUUUACGGUGUAAUCAUCGUGUUUGGACUUAUAGGCAACAUCACUCUCAUCAAGACGUUUUGUUCCGCCAAAUCCAUCCGCAAUGUGCCAAAUCUGUUCAUGUCAAGUCUGGCUUUGGGGGACGUUUUACUGCUGGUGACCUGCGCUCCGGUGGACGCCAGCCGCUACCUGUCAGAAGAGUGGCUGUUCGGGAGAGUGGGCUGUAAAGUCAUCCCCUUCAUUCAACUCACUUCUGUUGGGGUGUCUGUGUUUACCCUUACGGCCCUCUCUGCUGACAGGUACAGAGCCAUCGUGAAGCCCUUGGACAUCCAAACAUCGAGAACCACCACCAGCAUUGUCCUGCGGGCAGCGCUCAUCUGGCUCUUCGCCCUGAUCCUCGCUAUCCCCGAGGCUGUUUUCUCUGACCUCCAUACCUUCAACCUCACCUCCACUAAUGAGAGCUUCAUCACCUGUGCCCCUUAUCCCCAUCUUGGAGAUCUGCACCCUAAGAUCCACUCUAUGGCCUCGUUCCUAAUUUUCUAUGUUAUUCCCCUGCUGGUCAUAUCGAUAUACUACACCUUCAUCGCCCAAAGCCUGAUGAGGAGUGCCACAAACCUGCCUGUGGAGGGAAACGUGCAUGCAAGGCGACAGGUUGAAUCAAGAAAGCGCUUGGCGAAGACAGUUCUGGUGUUUGUUGGUCUCUUUGCAAUUUGCUGGCUUCCCAGUCACGUCAUCUACUUAUACCGCUCCUACCACUACUCCCAGGUUGACACCUCCCUGAUUCACUUUUUGUGCAGCGUGAUUGCUCGUAUCCUGGCCUUCACCAACUCCUGCCUCAACCCCUUUGCCCUUUACCUGCUGAGCAAAAGCUUCCAGAAGCAGUUCAACCAGCAGCUGUGUUGUUGCUGUUGUAACAUCUAUGAGCGCAGCACACAGAGUCCGACUCAUUAUAACACCCGCGUGACCUCUAUUCGCAGCACAAAUCACUCCAUGGUGAGUCUGAGUGCGGUGAAUGGCAAACAGGAAGAAUAUGAGGAGGAUUAUGUGUAAGAGAAGGUCUGCUUCUGCAUUUGUUUGUGUGUGAGAGUGGAAAAAAACAGCAUGCGUGGUUUCCGCUUUUCUUUUUGAGUUGCGUUCCUAAUAUAUUAAGUACCGGGUAAGGUAAAGGUCAAAAUAAAGACUUCUGACAAAUCAGCAGAGGCUAUCCUUGACAAAACCAAUUACUGAUCUGGUCGAUUAUAAGCUGCUGCUGGUAACUAAGUUACAAUCUGUUCAUUUGACGAAGGCAUUAACUCUUGGCUCCAACCCACAGACUUUAUAUAAGAAGUGGAUGUACAUACCUGUACUUUUUUUCUUUGUUAAACCAGAAUAAUUCUUUAACAAUGCUUUAGUUGCUAUUAGAAUAUACUGAUGAAAAAAACAAGGAACUCUUUCCAUUGCAUCUCUGCAUUUCUACCUUAUUAAAUCUUAUCUUCUGUUCGCAAUGCUACCACGCUGCACUCCAACGGGUUUAACUGUUGAUCAGUGUAGUUCAGUUUGUGACCUUGAAAACAUUCUAAUCAGCACCAUGCACACAUUAAAGCUGAGGCUCAUAUUAUGAAAGAAAACAAAGUUUCCCUUCUCUAUCUGUAAAGGUUGAAGUUUUAAAGAUUUAUUUUUGGGCUUUUGUGCCUUCAAUGGAGAGAUAGGACAGUGGACAGAGAUGGAAAUCAGGGAGAGAGAGUGGGGAUUGACAUGCAGGAAAGAGCCACAGGUUGGAUUUGAACCCGGGCUGCCCGUGGUAAGGACUACAGAAUCCAUACAUGGGAUGCACACACUAACCACUGCGCCACCAGCGGCAUGUAAAGGUAAAGUUGACUUAAGUUAAUCAACACUGUAUCCUAAUCAUGUUGCUAAAAACAUUAAUUACUUUCUACCACCAGUUCGUGGUAUAUAAAUGACAUUUCUAGGAAAUGGGGUUGAGCUUUUCAUGAUGCAAAAUAACACAAUUGUAUAUCCUUUGUACCAAGUAGAUGACAACAAAUCAAGCAUCCACAAUCUUCGUUUCAUAUCACAGUAAAAACACAUGAAGGCAGUGUGCUGGAUUAGCUCCGUUGGCAGGGCAGGUGCCCCUUUGUACAGAGGCUACAGUCCUGGUUGCACUUGUUGCAGGUUCAAUUCCUGGUCCUAUCACUGUUGGUGCAUGUCAUCCCCCACUCUCUACCCCCAUAUUUCCUGUCUCUCUCAAGCGUCCUAUCAAAUAAAAGCAAAAUAGCACUGACUUGUUGACUUGUUUGUUGGAAACUACAAGGAAAAAAAUCAGAAUAUGCAGAGGUGGCACCUUGUACACAUAGUAUCAAGAAAAUCCCACUUGUGACUCGAAGCGCCCCUACUUAUCUACAACUUUAAGUCGGAAAAGGUUUUAUUAGGUUUUUAUAAGAACCCUAAUAGAUGAUUGAUUUGGAACCAACCUCAAACAGAAGUUUAAAUGAUUUCAAGCACAAAGUGAAAUCCAUGGAUAAAUAUCUGUACGGUACCUUCCUGAGAGUUCAAAUCCUACACUGGAUAUGGGGAAUUUGUCAUAGUUUAGAUAUGACAUAAGCCAAUAGAUAAGCGAUAAAGUCAUGUGUUUUUUGGGGGGCUUCAGUGAAUUAUAACAAUCCCCAAUAGGGGACGAUGUACAGUAUCUAGAGAAAUGAAAAGAUAUAUUAUCAAAGUGGAGACCACAGUUAGGCUUUACAUAAAAACUGAAAAAUAAACUCUUUAAAACUCAAGAUGACGGCGCUUCAGGACUCAGGAGUCUUGCUCUUGCUCUUUUAUAAUGAAUAACAUAAUGUGAUUUUGCUAUGAUGUUGCCAAAGGCUUCAAGUUCAGUGUGUGUGCUCUGAUAUGUCGUUUCUGUUUAUUUGUGGAGAAUCUUCUGAAUAGGGAUUUUUUAAGAUUCCACCGCCAACCUGUUUUUUUUUGCGUGUGUAUACAGUAAAUAUUUUUUCAAAUGUCAUACGCUGUGCUGGCUGUGAAUUUGAAGUGAAACGUUUAAAUUGUAGGCUCUGAUUACAGAAUGUCCAUUGAGCUGUGCUGUAUAAAAUGAACUGUGAAUGUAAAUGCAUUUAUUUAACAAAAAGCUUAUUUGUAAAUGAUUAAAUGAAUGUGCAGUUAUAUGCAGUUUUAUUGUUCAUUGUAUUCCUCAAGGACAUUUUACAGACUCUAGGUGCUAGAUGUUUUGAACAUAAUUGAUUUCUGUUUCCAAUAGAAAAAGAACAACAUGAAAUCGAUAUAUAAAAGGCAAAUGUGCACUGUAUCAUUUUCUACAUAAUGUUGCAUGGUGAAACCUCAAGUACGUUUUGGACUAUGACGUAUGUUUAAAGACUGAGUUCUGGUGACUGAUUGUAACCCAUCUAGUUUCUGCUACCCUGUGCUCACUUGACACGAUUAUUGUGCUCUUGCACAAGCUGGAUGUACAGCCAAUGUAACACCAUACACUCAUUUGGUGUUUCACAGUGGGAGAGGAUCAUGCAGAAGGGUGGGUGUACAAUUCAGUGUGGAUAUGGUUUGUUUUAUUGUCCUGUAUUCACUUUGCCAUGUUUCUGUCCUGUAAGGUCUCAAGCAUUCAACAGGA